CUUUUUUUAUACACAUGAUCCGGUUAUGCUGGUUCUGUAGUUAAAAAAACUACUGAUUUUGACAGUUGAUCGGUUCAACUUCAUAUUUCUGUAAGCUGUGCUUCUUCAUCUUCCACAGAUUUCCUGAAAUGAAUCUUUAUGCCAAGUUCCUGUUGCUGUGCGGCAUAAGCGUCGCUUUUGUUGCGGUUCGAUGGAGCGCUCCGUCAUUUAAUGAAGAGUCCUUGAAAGGUGCCAGGGUGCUGGUGACCGGUGCCAGUACUGGCAUCGGUGAGCAGUUGGCGUAUCACUAUGCCCGUUUAGGAGCCCAACUCGUUAUCACAGCGAGGAGAGGAAAUGUCCUAGAACAGGUUGUGAGCAAGUGCUUGGAAAUGGGGGCUCAAAGGGCAUUGUUCAUCCCUGCGGACAUGGCAAAGCCCUCCGAUGCUGACCAUGUGGUGCAGUACGCCAUCGAACAGCUUGGGGGUCUGGAUUACCUGGUUCUGAACCACAUCGGGCCCAGUCCAUACAGAAUGUGGGAUGGAAAUGUGGAGCACACACGAUGGCUGCUAGAGGUGAAUUUUCUCAGUUAUGCAGAGAUGACUCAAAAAGCAUUGCCAACCCUUGAAAAGAGUAAAGGGUCAAUAGUUGUUGUUUCCUCCCUGCUAGGAAAAAUAUGUGGCCCCUUUGCUUUGCCGUAUGCCACAACUAAGUUUGCAGUAAAUGGUUUCUUUGGAGGCCUCCAGCAUGAGCUAGCAAUGCAAAAAAGCAAUGUGUCCAUAACCAUCUGCACACUGGGCCUGAUCGACACAGAUAGCGCCAUGGAGAAAAUCAAAGGUUACAUCAACAUGACCGCCUACCCUGCACACGAAGCCGCCUGGCACAUUAUCGAAGCUGGAGCAUCUCGCCAGCCUGAGGCCUUUUACCCCUGGUACACAUUCUACGCCUGUCUCUUCAGGGAUUGGUUCCCAUACUUGAGGGACCAGACGAUUCAAAACUCCUACACAUAUAAUCCACAAGUUUAUAAGGAACCAGUUACUGGAAGCUGAGUUUAAUGGGAAUCUAUGCGUUGAGCAGAGCAUUAGCGGUUAACGCAUGUGCUCUGACACACCAAGCCCUGGUGCUCAUGAGGGUGAUGGGAGUUCUUCUCCCUGUUGUUGAAGACCAAGAAUAAAGCUUUAUAAUGAAAUAUUCAACCUGCUGAGGUUGAAGGUGAUUUGUAGUAAUUUAUCAAGAAUAUAUUGCUGAUGUGAAGAUUUAAAGAGUUUAAACACUAUUUUAAUAUGUCUGUUCACAAACUACAAUCACUUUUUUUUAAGUCUGUUAAUAUUUCAUGUAAUUAUUCAGGAUUUAAAACGGCAGAUGUUUUGUCUGCGUAGACUAAACUACUUUACCUCAGUAAAUCACUCUUACCUCAUGUUAUAGCUUACACUAGCGAUAUUUCUACGCGACCCGUUGUAUCAGACUCAACAAUAAAGACGUU